AAAAUAACCCCCUGUGGCACGGGGGGAGUAGAAUACGGCCACGGUAUUCCCUGCCUGUCGUAAGAGGCGACUAAAAGGGAGAUGUAAAGGAGCGAAAGAGUACUAAAAGUAAUGCAGAAGCGUAAGAGAGUAAAUAUAAGUAAGUGAGAUAAAAAUUGGGCGGGAAAAGGAUUGGCAAGAAUGCCAACCUUGUACGCGCGUGGAUGACAGCAUUCCCCUCGCGUCAAUUAAUUUGACAAAAAGAGGGAAAAAUUAAAUUAAAUUAAUAAUAAAGUAGACGAAUACGCAAAUGCGAACAAAGCACCUAGGGUGACAAAGAGAAAGAAAUAAUUAAUUGGACAAUUAUCGUGACCCUGUAAUGAAUGGCGGGAAUCAGUUACGUAAAUUGAAACUAAAGAUGAAAAAAAAUUACAUUUAUUUACAGUGCGUACGAUACGAGGCUUUAAUAACAUUUGUUGUUGUGAUAAAAUACUUAUUUAUGUUAUGUAUGUACAUAUAUAGAGAAUAUUGUAUAAAAUGGCGUUUGCUACGAGAACAGCUGUUGUUUACUGACAAAAAAGAGAAAACCAGGAAUGAUAUAAGUAUAUAAUUUUGCACAAAGUGCAAUUUGGUGGAUGCAAAUUAAUAAAAAUCAAUUCAAGGCAGACAGUAAAAUGAAAAUACUUGAAAUAUGUAUAGUAGUAAUAAAUCAAUUGAAAUGACAAAACGAUUCGUAUUGUGGCGGCAGUGGUAGCAAGCAGCAGUGCGAUGAUAGAUGAUAGUGGCAGUGGCGGAGGUGAGGUGAUUGUGUGAUGAGUGAUAGUUGAAGAAAAGACAAGUCAAAGAGAAAUUCUUUAGCGUGCCUAACAUCGAUGACAGUGACUUGAAAUUGAACUGGUUUAAUCCAUUUGUCACAAGAGAAGGAAGAAAAUUAAAUGCGACCACUCUGAGUUGGAGAGAAGUAAGUGAAUGUUGCGUUUAAAGGUAACAAGCAACACUUAUUUCUCGAAUGUUUAACAUUUUUCUAACCAUUGUGUUACGUAAAAGUAAGGAUAAAGUGUCGAAAGAAGCAACAAUGAAAUCAUAUUCAUAAUUUCUCAUUUAAUAUUUCGAUGCGAACACAACAUAUAUAUAUAUAUAUAUAUAUAUAUAUAAAAAUACAUAUAAUACAUGUCGGAUAUUCGAUUUUCCAAAUUUUCAAAGAAUCAAUGGAUUUACUUGUAUGACGUUACUCAGCGAUUAUUUAAUCGUAUUUUCGGAAUACUGGACAGUUUGCUACGACUAAAAGAUGACCAAAUAUCGUCCAGUAUCGCAACCAGUCUCCAGUGAAAAUCAUCGUUUCUACCACUGCUUUCAUGAGGAAUCACCAUGAAUGCCAGAACUCAGUUGUUCGAGUUAAGUAUGGAGGGAAGACAAGUAGACGAAGCGGUAGCAAGCAUUUUCCACAGUGUUCUUUUUCAUAGAAGCCUUGGUAAAUUCAAGUACAAACAAGAAGGUAGUUAUUCAGUAGGUACCGUCGGGUAUCAAGAUGUCGAUUGUGACUUUAUCGACUUCACUUACGUCUGUUGUUCGUCGGUGCAUUUGGAUCAAACUUUGAAACGUGAAAUAUCAGGUUUUUCUGAGGCUUUACGUUCCACCGAUAGUCCAGGUUCUGGCCAAAUAUCGUUGGAAUUCUUUCAGAAGAAGAAAAAUCGUUGGCCGUUUCAACCAGAAUGCAUACCAUGGGAAGUAUGGACAGUACGUUUGGAACUGAUCAAAUUAACGACCGAACACGAACGACAAAUAUGCAGAGAAAAAGUCGGGGACUUGUUAACGGAUAAAAUUCUGUACAUAACAGAAGUAAUGAAUCGACACGAUUAUCUUCCGAAAAUGCCAAAUCAAGCUGAAUUGGAUUUGAUCUUUGAUACGUCGUAUCCCGACAUACAACCUUAUCUAUUUAAAUUAUCUUUUACAACGUCUAGCCCGUCGAGUACGACGAUGGGUAAUACAAUGAAGAAAUUGAUCAAAGAGACAUUAUCUAUUUAGUUGUUUACUCUUUCUUGGGGACUUUUUAGUGCAAUGCAUCUAUAAUGCAAAUUUCUUAAUAUAAAUAACAUUGGAAAGUUGUCUUUACUAACGAAAGACUCGUUGGUCGUUAUCUAUCGAAUAUGUUGCGCUUAGAUGUACAUUACAUACAUACAUACAUGACUCGAUAUCUGAUUAUUUUCUUUUACUUGUUGUUGUUCACCUGUUUGAAUUAGCCAAGAUUCAGUGUUGUACGUUUUAUACAUAUGACGCGCAAAUGGAGUUUCAAGCUUGCGUCGUACGGUAACGAAAAAUGACAAUGAUUAUGUGGAAAUUACGUAGCUAUGUGCGAUGAAAACACUAGUGCCGACCAGUGUAUAUUCCAGGUGUCUGUGCUGACAAUACUUGUCAGAAAAUUCGAUGCAUUACGAUUGUAUAGACUUGAAAUAUUUGCAAAAAUUUCUAUAGUACAAAGGAAGCAAUCGUGGUGUAGCAGUUACUUUUUUGUAAACAUACUGUUUCAACUGUAUCGUCCAUUGCAUUAGUUUUCUAGGUAAUCGGUUAUACAUUAAAUAUUGAAAUGAAUUCUUUAUUACGUUAUUCACUAUUUCGAAUAUUACUAGUAAUCGCAAAAUAGAAAGAAGUUUGUAUAACCGUAGGGAAAAAAAGAAAGACGGUUAUUUUUGGUUAUUUGAAAAUGUUUAAUAUAUAGCUGGAACCUAGAUUCAUUACUGUAAAUUGUAAAUAAACGUGCAAGUGCUUGUAUUCUCGUGUUUCUCGUUUACGCGUUUUCACACGUAAGUAAGUAAGUAAGUAUACAUAUACAUAUUAAAAGGAAAUCGUUGCUUCUUCAAAAUUAUAGGGGCCAUGAUAUAAACGCGUUUUACGCACUGUAAUUAAAGUAAUGUAUUUUGGGAAGCGUGUAUGUAUAUUAUAAUCAGUUGAACGUGUUUAAUUAAAAUGUAUACGGUGUAUUUUCAAGAUUGAACUCGGAUUUGAUUUACAUGCUUUAUCGAUACAUCAUUGAAAAGAAUAUUGCGUAUACGAAAGUAUCUUGUCGCACGUAACGCAAUGAACACGCAAAGAAUAUUCAUCUUGGCAAUAAUAAACGUUACGAUAAACGUUAAAAUCGACAAGAUGCAUACAUGUACAAUAAUAUCCUGAUUCAAACGAUCACGUUAUAUACAUAUACUUGUACGAAUAUAUUUAAUUAACGAACGAACGAACGAACUUGGAACAAUGAGAAAAGUUUUUUAAAGGCACUAAACUCUAAACAAUUAGAUAAUAAAUUAUGAAAUUUGAUACGUUGCACGGAAAUAAUAUUUCUUGAUAAAAAGAAAUAGAAGAGGCGAGUGAGUUAAUAUCGUCGGAAAAAUGAGAAAAGUUGUUGAGAAAAAAAGAAUGUAAAUUUCCGCGUUGGUUCGUUCGUUCGUUCGUUAAUGUUGCCCUUUGAAACGUUAAGAAAUUUGUAUUUUCUGCGUAGUUGUCUGAUUGUUUUGCGUUCUUAUUGGUUAUUAAAAGAUUGAUUUACGUUACUGUAAUUUUUGAAGAAAGCAGAGAGAACUAGGGAAAGUGUUAACUGUUUUAUGCAAAAUAGGAAGGUGAUGUCGAGGUUUGUACCGUUCAAGUACAUUCGUGUAAAAA